AUGCGUGCCUGCUAUUACCCAGGAAGUAACAGGCAGAAUCAAACAAAAUUUAGUCCAUAUGUUUCCCCCUACCAAGAGCAGCUGCCUUCAACAAAGUUUCAGUUGAAAAUAAGAGAAUUCUUCCUUCAAGUCCCAGAAUUAACACCCACACCUAUACCAAAAAAACGAGCAAAUGCUGUCACAUCAAGAAAAGUUGAAAAAAUUACAAGUCCUAAGAAACGUUUCACUCACAAAAUCAAAGGAACGUUAUACAAUUUAAUUGAAGAUUGCUUUUCAAACAGGUACCUGCUAGACAUUGCAGAAAACACUGAUGUAGAGAUUUUAGUGAAGCCUGUUUCACAUUUAGAAGGUGGACAGACAUUGUAUCCGGUUGAAGUAUUGGUUCUUCCACAUGAAGGUCCAGGUCUUAUUUCUUGUUCCACUGCAGUAAACUUGGAAGGAUUUUGUACUACAAAUGCAAGCUUGAAAAAAGGGAAGUACACAGUUGUUCCGGUUCUUUUGAAUUGGGCUGCCGAAGCGAGCCAUUUGGCCGAUAACGGUUUUUUCGAGUCCUUGACGGAAUUGUACGAGGAUGAGUCUACAUUUAACUCUGCAUUAGUCAUCAUUUUACAAGCCAUAUUUUGCUCGGUUGACCUGGAUGAAGAUGGUUUCUUGAAUCGCCAGGAGUUUGAUUUAUUUGCUGAAUACGUAUUAGGAGAACAUGCUGAAGAAUGGUCUGUGAAAAUAGAUGAUCGACUAUCUUUCAGUGAAUUUGUUGAGGAGUGCAAAUUUGUCUUGGAGACGGAUCCUUCUAGAUUCUUACACAUGUUCCAGCAAAUGGGAAUAGAUGGCUCUUUGAAGCAAAAGAAUGCGCAGUCUUUCACGUUAAUAAUCAACUCCACUUCUUCUAAGUUGGCUCUGAGACCUUUGUCUAUAGCAGCAUACAGCAGCCUUGCAGAAAAAUAUUUUAAGAAAAUAGCUGUAGAGAAAGGGUCCUCGAAGAAAGUGAAGAAUAUGAAUGAUUUGGUGUUAUAUACUCACAAGUUACCACACAGAGCAACAAUGGUUAUCCAAAAUCAGGCUCAUUGUAAAGUAACUGUUCAGCUAGAUUGUACCAAAAGUACAAACUGCCAAAGCCACAGAAGAAGUCUAAAUCACUCAAUCCAAAUUAAACCAAGAACAAGUGUUAUUGGACAUCAUCUUUUUCCAACAACAGUCUCCCAACCUUGGUCUGUUGUUUGCACUGCAUCUUUGAAUUAACUUUUACUGUGCAUAACAAUUUGUAUUAUAGUAAUAGCAAAACAGUGAAAUGUUUUGUCCUUUGUUUAUAACACGCUUUCCUGUAAAGAAAAGUGCAAAUAAAUUUCUGUCCUGUUUUACAUGAAACAUAACAUUUAUUUAAGGAGAGA